GGGCGCUGACAGUCAGCUGAGCCCUGACUGACAGCCCGGAAAGUUUCCCUGUCGCUAUACUCCUAUGCUAAUGAGCCCGGGCGGCGGGCGCCCAUUGGCCCAGCCCCGAGCCCGUGUCCCGUGUGACGUCAGGGGCGCUAUAAAACCCCGCAAUGCUUUAAACUCUCCUGCCGGAUCAAACCUUUAAAUAUUUUUCAUCUUCUUGCUGUAGCUUUGAGGCCGAGUUGUUGUGUUUGUUUUUUUUUUUUCCUCUCUCUCCUUUUUUUUUUUUUUUUUGUUUUUAACUCUUCUAAUUAUUAUUAUUUUGGUUGCGAUACAGACUGUGAUUUUUUUUUUAUUUUUUUUCGCCUUUGCUCUCUCUCCCUCCUCCCUCCCCCGAUGAACCUCUCUCUUCGCUCUGCACUUUGCACGAGAGAGCCCAGAGGAAAGGCACCAUGAAGUGUUAAAAAUAACAAAACAAAACAACAACAACAACAAAUUUACUCGCAACACCACCAGCUAACACUUCCAGCUGCGGUUCGCGAGCUGCGAAAGAGAGCGAGAGGAGAGAGAGAAGGGAGGGAGAGAGGAGGAAAAAAAAAAACCCUCUAUGCAAAAGGCGAAUAGCGAGAGCCCCGCGCUCUGAUGCAUCAGCGGAGCCUCUGCGAGGGAUAACGCGGAGCGGGAGCGGAGCCGCCGGGGCGGACCGGAGCGGAGGCAGAGCAGGAGAGCGGAGCGGAGCUCGCCAAAAAUCAAGCUGGCUCACCCGGUGGCGACUCAGAGCAGCCCCCUCGCUCCCGGAGCGCACCCUUUCUGGAGGACUCUCGGCAGCAAAAGGAUGGCAUCAGAGCUGGCGAUGAGCAGCUCCGACCUGCCCACCAGUCCCCUGGCCAUGGAAUAUGUUAAUGACUUCGAUCUGAUGAAGUUUGAAGUGAAAAAGGAGCCGGUGGAGACCGAUCGCAUUAUCAGCCAGUGCGGCCGCCUGAUCGCCGGGGGAUCGCUCUCCUCCACCCCGAUGAGCACGCCCUGCAGCUCCGUGCCCCCGUCCCCCAGCUUCUCGGCGCCCAGCCCCGGCUCCGGCUCCGACCAGAAGACCCACCUGGAAGACUACUACUGGAUGACGGGGUACCCGCAGCAGCUCAACCCGGAGGCGCUGGGCUUCAGCCCCGAGGACGCGGUGGAGGCGCUGAUCAACAGCAGCCACCACCCGCUGCCCGGCGCCUUCGAUGGCUAUGCUAGAGGGCAGCAGCUGGCCGCGGCCGCCGGCGGCUCCGUGCCGGCCGAGGAGAUGGGCUCGGCGGCCGCCGUGGUGUCGGCGGUGAUCGCCGCGGCGGCGGCGCAGGGCGGCGCGCCCCACUACCACCACCACCACCACCACCCGCACCACGGCGGCGGCGGCGGCGGCGGCGGCGAAAGCAGGCAGAUUCACUUUCCAGAGGCUGAACCCUGCUUCUGCAAUUUUGAGACAAAAGUUGUCGCCAAGGCCUUGGCAGUGGACUGUCACUGCUAA